UACAACUGUCAUUGUCAAUUGAACAGUGCAGGUCGGCUCGCUCGUACUGCUCGUAGUUCAAUUGAGAUUUAAGGACUGUGAUUUUUUUACCUCUGCUAGUUUAUAAUAAUCUUCGCCGCCCGCACAGUUUCAGUGCGAUCUGGCGCGUUAGAAGACCGAUUUCGUGUUGGUAAAUAUUUACCAAAAUGAGAUGGACGGUGCAUAUCGAGGGUGGGCCGAUGAGAGUCAAUCAUGCAGCUGUAUGCAUCGAAGACAGAAUCUAUUCCUUUGGAGGAUAUUGCUCGAGCGAGGAGUAUAAGGAUUGGGAGCCAAUUCCUGUCCAUGUAUUGGAUACGAAUUCACUGAGAUGGGCGCCUGUGAACUACAAGAGGACUGAUGUCGCUCCCUUCCAGAGAUAUGGCCAUACCACAGUCGCGUACGGCGACAAGGUUUUCAUGUGGGGAGGUAGAAACAACGCUGUAGCCUGCGAUAUUCUAUCUUGUUUCGACACCAAAACAUUGGAGUGGAGUACCCCAUCUGUGUCGGGCAUGGUGCCGUAUGCCAAAGAUGGCCAUUCAGCAUGCGUUAUUGGAAACAAGAUGUACAUCUUUGGAGGGUUUGAAUAUCUUACCGAUCAGUAUUCUCAAGAAGUUCACUGCCUAAAUCUUGAUACUCUGCAAUGGACUUUCAUUGAUGGUCGAGGAACACCACCAUCGCAUCGUGAUUUCCAUACAGCUGUUGCGGUUGGAGACAAGAUGUAUGUCUUCGGGGGACGCGGCGAUCUUAACAGUCCCUACAAUUCACAAGAGGAAAUAUAUUGUCCUCAAGUUUACUACUUAGAUACCACUGAAGAGAAGUGGGUGGCGGUAAACCCAGGUGGAACCUGGCCUGAAGGUCGUCGCAGCCACUCUGCUUGGCUGUACAAAGAACACAUGUAUAUCUUCGGCGGAUUCAACGGAAACUCAAAAACACAUUUCAAUGAUCUCUACAGAUAUUCUAUCAAAGAUAAUAUCUGGCAAUACAUGAACGUGGGCGGCUCAGUGCCUUGCAAGCGAAGACGUCAGGCAUGUUUAAUUCAUAAGGAUGUCGUUUAUUUAUUUGGAGGGACAAGCCCCUGCCCUCACGCUAAUACCCGUGAGCUCGAAAAUUUUGACAAUAACCCAGAAAGACUGAUUGACAACAGUGAUCUACAUCUGUUGGACUAUGCUCCGACUCUGAAGACUCAUUGCAUUCUCGUUGUAUUGGAAAACAACAUUGACCAAUCCGUACUGCCGCGCGACAUUAUAAUGGACAUACGCACAAUGACUCUACCGAACCGUAUUAGCCGACCUAUUAACCAAUCUGGUUAAAUAAAACUAAGUAAUCUUGCAAUAUUUAUAAUUGCAUUACCUGUAUGUAAGGUAACCUUACAUACAUUAUUUAUAUUUAGUCAUUAUGAUAUCUCGUCUAUAUCUAUUUAUUAUACUUAUAAGUCAUAGUAAAAAUAAAACUCAAAUUUCUGUAUCACAUAUCUGUAUUCCUUGAUGUCUUAAAAGAAUGAUGUUACACAUUUAUUCAAAUAAAGGUAUACCAAAUAAAAACAGUUAUUGGAACAAAA